GACAUGCAAAGUGAAGAGGCGGCGCCUGCCUUUCUUGGACAUUGUGGGCCUGGGCCGGCGUAAGGACUACGGUUCCCAGCAUGCCAUGCGGCCGAAGGCCAGAAGGGCCCGGAUCCGGAACCGGAUGUGGCUCGGUGCUCCGGCGUGGAGCGCGGGGCAAUGGCCACGGGGACGGACCAGGUGGUGGGACUCGGCCUCGUCGCCGUUAGCCUCAUCAUCUUCAUCUACUACACCGCCUGGGUGAUCCUCUUGCCAUUCAUCGACAGCCAGCAUGUCAUCCACAAGUAUUUCCUGCCCCGAGCCUAUGCUGUUGCCAUCCCACUAGCUGCUGGCCUCCUGCUGCUCCUGUUUGUGGGGCUGUUCAUCACCUAUGUGAUGCUAAAGAACCAGAAGGUGACCAAAAAGGCUCAGUGAGGGCCCAGCGAGGAUGCGGCGGCCUCCCUAUGGUGCAUACCAAGGGCGGGCCACACAGGACCUGUGCAGGCACUGCAGCCCCUCAAGCAUGGCUGCCUUGCAGACACCCCUGGGGAUGAAGCUGUUCAGGACUCACCCUGACUGACCAGAACCCCCACUUCUCUUCUGCUCACUCUUCCAGAGCCAGGAGGAAGUACCUGGAACUCCCUUUCUCCCCAUUCUGCCUCAGGGCCUGAGAGAUACUGGUCCUCCCUACCUCACUUUCAGACCCCCUGUCACUUUUUCUUCUGGGUUCCACCCUCUUGCCUCAGUUUCCCUCCUGUCACAGGCUCAUGUUGGAAUUGGCACGUUUUAAGGCAUCGCGUGGCCUCUCCCACCGCAUGUCCUUUUUCUCCGCGAAGGCAACUUUCUCGGGUCUGACACAGCCAGGGACUCCCCAGGACUUCUUGACCUGGAAAGCUUAGGGGGAGGACCAACAGGUCUUGGGACCACUGGGCACACUGGGCCCCCAGAUCUUCUCAUAGGGUCCCAGCCCCUCAGCCCUAGCACUGGCCCACUGGGGAGAACAGAACAAUAAACGUUGAUGGUGUGUU